CACCGUAAAUUCAUCUUCAAAAGAAGACAAAACAUGAUUAAAUAAAUUAUUUGGAUAAUUUGUCAAAAUGCAACGCAUAUGAACGUUGACAGUGCUCUUUAUAUCAAAGUUUCGGUAAAAGGUUUAGCGCUUGUUCAACGCGCGUCGUGUACAGCCUUUUAACAAUAGACGGAUCACUUUGUGGUGAAUAAAUUAGUAAUACAAGCCAAGAUGGCGAUCAAAAUACACGAGGCCUAUCUUACGAAGGAUUCCGAAGAUAGUCGAUGUAUCACGAUUGGUGCUUUUGCAUGUUGGCAUUUGUUCUAUAAAAAAGAUAACAGAAUUACUAGUUUAAACAUUCAAGAUCUUAGAUAAGUGUCAUACACACAAUUUGAAGCCGUUUUACCAUCGGUAAAACGAUAUUGAUUUGAUCAAUACAUGAUACAUAGUGAAACGAGCGGAUAAACUAAUAUUAAGUGCGAAAAAUGGCCACUUAUUUUUCGAGUUCAAUACGUAAAGGAUCAGAUGUGUUCUUUGAGUUUCCUUGCAUUACUUGUCAAGGAAAUGACAGAAACACAGAGGCGCAAUUUUACUGUACGGAAUGUUCUAAGGCUUAUUGUGGGAAAUGUGUGGAGCAUCACAAUGUUUUAUACAUGAAGCAUGCAAUUAUGGGGAAAGAAGCUAUUAGCAAGUGGUCUGUUACUAAUGUGGAUGCACGCGAACGAUGUCAGGAGCACAAACAAGAAUUAACAGGGUUCUGUGAGGACCACAAAGAGCUGCUGUGUCAUGUCUGCCAUGUUUACAAUCAUCAGAAAUGCAGCCACGUCGUUAUCAUAGCUGAUAAAUUGAAAGAUCUGCAGCAGACAGGAGAGUACAAAAAGAUGUCAGCACUUUUCGAUUCAUACUAUCGGCUAUUGAUUCUGAAGAAAAAUUCAUUGGAGAAAAGUAUUCAGUUUCAUGAAAAGUCCUGCGACAAAAUCAGAGAAGAAAUCAAUGAAUUACGCAAGAAAAUUAACGAUGAGUUGGACCAACUGGAGAGAAAUACCGUCAAAGAGUUGGACGCCUUACUCACUACCUUGAGGGCAUCUAUUCAAACAGAUAUUUUCAAAUGCUAUGAGUCAAUAAAACAAAUGUCACGUGUACAAGACGAUUGGGUGAGCAUACAAAACAAGAGUGGUACGAUUCAUUUUAGAAAGUACAUAAGCUGUCUUGAUCAGUCUCUCAGGAUCGAAUCAACUUUAAAAGAAAUGGAAGUACAAAGAGAAAUGAUUCUGACCUUUUAUCCUGAUAGAAGCAUCCAAAAAACUUUGUCCACUCUCUCAGACUUGGGAGAUAUAAUCGGGGAAGUAAGAGAGUCACAAACUGCUAGUAAAGUAACACCAGACGAAGUCACCAAAAAGAGGAAACCUCAGUCAUGUAACACAGUAACAAGCCGGCAUAUAAACGCACUUAGCAACAUGAACACGUCCGCAGGACAACCUGGUCAAGUGCGACUUAUCAAAACUAAGUAUAGAGUGCGUGUAAAAAGUGAAACAAACACGUGCAGGAUUUCAGGCAUUUGUGAGACAGGUGCUGGAGAUCUCCUCAUCACAGACUGGUGGAACAAGAAUGUGAAGCUUCUGGAUCAGGACUACAAAGUUGUGGCCCGAUAUGACUUACCUGAUACACCUUUGUCGAUGUGCAGCAUCGACUCUAAUCAGGUAGCAGUCGCUGUGGGAAACUCAGGUGUCCUCUUAAUGCGAGUGACCAAUGGUUGUUUGAGACAUAAAAGGACGUUAAACAUCGAACAUUCAUGUACUGGUAUUGCUCAUCACCAUGGAAACCUCUACAUAACAUCACGUGAUGCACUGUACCUAUACACUGUUGAUGGAAGACUUGUGAGCAAGAUGUACGAAAACACAUUAAGAAGAUGGACAGUCACCUCAUGUGCAGUCAGUCCGGAUGGGCAAAGAAUAUAUGUGGCCAACGAGGAAACAAAACAACUUUUCACACUGUCCAGUAAUGGCAGAGUGAUCUCCACGCUGAGUGACCCGUCUCUAAAAUGGAGCUACCCUCCCGUCUUACCUGGUAUCCAUUUGAUGGACUCGGGGGAAAUUCUGGUUUGUGGAGACUUGUCCAACACAAUUAUCGAGGUGGACAGAGAUGGGAGACAGAGACUGGCAGAGGUGAUCUCAGAAAAGGAUGAAGUAAUCAAACCAAUGUCUGUCUACUACAGUUACAAUACAUCCUCAUAUAUUGUGGGAAUGGAUGGAAAUGACCACAUAAUGGUGUGUAAAAAAUGUAAAAAAAAGAAGUAGUAAAUGCAAACAUUUUAAAAGUUUAAGGAUUAUUAAUACAAAUCGUGAAAAAAACACUAAUCUACCGAUUCACUUGAAAUUAUUACUUGAAAUAACGUAAAGAAUAUCUACUGGCGGCAUCGGCCAAUACGCCCUGCUGGUUGAAAAUUAAACACAAGAGCAUAAU